CAGAGCUCAGUCCACCAGCCGUAUUUGGUCGGCUGGGUUGGAGCUAGACACCGCGGUCUCCCAUCGCUCGACGUCGGUGAUGGAGAAAUUCGAGAACGUUGUGGCCAUAUCGGACUCUGACAACGAUACCAUAUUCGAAUGCCUCGCAGCACAUCGCACAGAUAUCGAUGUCGAAGCACAGGCAGCAACAUACAUGUUCGACUUCUUUUCAUCCGGGCUGCACAUCCCGUUCCGCAUAUCACGAGGUGAGACACUGGGGACAGUCACCUUCACAGUGGGCAUGGAUCUCACCCCACUGGAAGGGACGGUCUAUUUUACGGAUUUCGAAAAUUGUGUCGUGGUGAACGCCGAAUACUACACAAGAGACCAGUGCAUACUCUGGACCCGGAGAGAAUUCAAGGACAAUGUGCCGCAAGACUGCAUCGACCACUUUGUUGACACAUGCGGAGUGAUCGUUCCUGAGCACAGCCGGGACUUGUGCCCCGAUGGAGAGGGCGACUACUAGCUUCAGCAUAGGAGCCUCCUCAUUUGAGCAUGUCUCGGAAUUCAUGGGGGGGUGAGAAAGCAGCAUAGAGAAAUGGGCGCAUUUUACUGUUGCCACAG